CGCACGUUUCUCUCUUUGGCUCCUCCCUUCGUUCCGUUUGGCGUCUUUCGUGCGCAAUAGCACUCUUCCUCUCUGUUCGGUGCGCGCUCCCUGUACACGGGAGGGGGGUGAAGGCGAGAUUGAAUGAGGAGAAGGAAGGAAGGAACGACACAGCGGCGAAGCGGCCUCCUCCUCUGACACGCAUCGGGUGUACCGCCGUAGCUUGUUCUCCACAUAAAGCGCCGCGGCCCAGAGGAGGAGGGUGUGACAGGGGAGGGUGGCAGCCGAGUGACUGUGUCGUAUCGUGUUACUGGCUGUCCCGGGAGGGGUGCUGCUAGAUAAUGGAGGACAAAACGUUCACCAAAGAGCUGGACCAAUGGAUCGAGCAGCUCAAUGACUGCAAGCAACUCAACGAGAGCCAAGUGCGCACGCUGUGCGAGAAGGCAAAGGAAAUCCUUACAAAAGAGUCAAAUGUUCAAGAUGUAAGAUGUCCUGUAACAGUUUGUGGAGAUGUGCAUGGCCAGUUUCACGACCUCAUGGAGCUCUUCAGAAUUGGAGGGAAAUCCCCAGAUACCAACUACUUGUUCAUGGGAGACUAUGUGGACAGAGGAUAUUAUUCUGUGGAAACAGUAACUCUUCUUGUAGCAUUAAAGGUUCGUUACCCAGAGCGCAUCACAAUAUUGAGAGGGAAUCAUGAGUCUCGACAAAUCACUCAAGUUUAUGGUUUUUAUGAUGAGUGUCUACGAAAGUAUGGAAAUGCAAAUGUAUGGAAAUAUUUUACAGAUCUAUUUGACUACUUACCAUUGACGGCUUUAGUUGAUGGACAGAUCUUCUGUCUUCAUGGAGGGCUCUCUCCAUCUAUUGAUACAUUGGAUCACAUCCGUGCUUUGGAUCGCUUACAGGAAGUUCCACAUGAGGGCCCUAUGUGUGACCUUUUGUGGUCCGAUCCCGAUGAUCGUGGUGGCUGGGGUAUUUCUCCAAGAGGUGCAGGCUACACUUUUGGACAAGAUAUCUCUGAAACUUUUAAUCAUGCCAAUGGCCUCACUUUGGUGUCACGAGCUCAUCAGCUAGUCAUGGAGGGUUACAACUGGUGCCAUGACAGAAAUGUGGUUACCAUUUUCAGUGCACCCAAUUACUGUUAUCGUUGUGGAAAUCAGGCAGCUAUUAUGGAACUGGAUGAUACCCUUAAAUACUCCUUCCUUCAGUUUGACCCAGCUCCUCGACGUGGAGAGCCACAUGUUACUCGACGCACUCCUGACUAUUUCCUAUAAGCAAUUGUAAACACAUUGCCUUCAUCUGUGCAAAUAUAUUUGGCAUUUAAACCAGAUAAAUGUGUCUGUAUAUAGACAUGGAAACCAACAAAAGAAAACCAAAAUGUUUUAAUUAAAAAAAAUUUGGAUCCUGCUUUUACAUUACACUGAUCUGCCCAUCGAAGAAAUAUUAUUUGCAUUUUGCCAGUUUAUAUUUCAAAAUAGGCUAAGAACCCAUCACGGACCAAAAUGUGCCAUACUGUUGACUAAACAUUUAGCACAAUUUGAGACUGCGGUCCAUAAUUACAAUCAGUCCAUUAGUCAGUUUGCCUGCUGUAUUUGUAAGUCAUGUUUCCUACUAAACUGUUCAACCAGUAAAGGGUAACUUGCAAGGCCUUUAUCUCCCUUUGCACCUACUUUGUACAUUUUAGUUGUAGUGAUAAGCUGGCAUGACGGAUAACAUUUGGAGUUAUUUUUAAAAAACGCACCUGCUAAUCAGUCACUGUAUAUUUUUUUGUUUUUCAAAAGUACAGAUACAUUGGAAAAAUCUGACCUGAGUGUAUGCCAUAACAUUAAUGUACGUUUUUCUGUAUAUUUGUCAAAGUGCUUGCAGCUCCUUUGGUGUAUUUGAACAAAUAAACUUUCAAUUGUAGACCUCCA